GGGUGGGAUGGGGUGGGGUGAGAAGGGGGGAGAGCAAGGAAAGGAGGUGCCGACGGCCGCCAGGUCGAUAACCUCUGUAAAUAUACAAAGACAUUCGCUAGUCCUUCCCGGUUGUAUUAAAGACCGACUUGAGGUAAGAGAAUGUAGGGAUGAUGCCAGACGGUCGAAGGAUGAGGUGACCGUAUUACCAGCCUGCAGCAAGCUGACCUCCACCUUGCUCUCCUGGCGCGGCCAAGGUUAGCCAGCCUUUAACAUUGCGGUCGCGUCGCGACCCAACUGACCCCACUUGGUGUUGCCCCCACUGCAGCCUGGGAGGUGAGACUGAGCGUCAUCAUGAACUCGUACGGUGUGCAUGUGGGUGGAAGUGUAGUGGAGGUGGAGGCGUGUACGUGAAAGGAGAAGUGUUGAUGCGUUUGCGUGUGGUGUGGGGAGCGGGAGGCCAGAGCCUGGACGACGGGACAAGUCAAAGCUGCUGCUCAGUGCUGCGCUCACUGCUCAGUGCUCGUCAUGGCGGGAGCGGAGGAGGACGCGCCUCCGACUCUCUCUGGUGUUUCGUCGCGGUCAUUACGGCCUCCUCUGCGGUCUGCUGCACGCCUCCAGCAUGCCACCGCCUCUGCUGUGCGGAACAAGUGCAGUGGGGGUUAUGUAGGUUCAGAGGGCAACAUUAGAGCUGUGCGAUCUGGGCGGGGGCUUCCUCAGCCUGCCGGGGGUUCAAUAGCAAAAGCCGAAACAACAUGCUGCACCAGUAGCCUAUCCGCCCCUCGCCUUAGUGCAGCACCUGCAGCCGUGCAGCCAACAGCGCCACUCAAGCCUGUGCUCAGUGGGCCGCACCCGGCAGAACACUCCACGUCCGUGCCUCUCCCGCAUCACCCCACCGCCCCUCCUAAGGCCACCACACCAUCACCGGCCCCCAUUGUCACCAUUCUCACCACGACAUCCUCUCCCAAUUCAAAGCUUCUUCCUGUGUCCCCUAACAGCAUACCUCCAAGAGUUUCUGCUGAAACUCACGGUUCCAAGGUGCAUUGUGCUGAUAAAAUUAUGAAUGCCAGUAUGUUACCAAGUACCGAAAUGCCUUGUAUCGUGUCUGGUAUUUCCAACCAUGUGCUUAAGGAAGGAGGUGUAGGAGACGAGGAAGAGGAAGAAGCCGAGGAUAUGGAUGGGGAGGAGGAAGAUGGGGAAGGAGACGACAAGACUGGCAAGAGACGGGCCACGAGAUACGACUCGGCCGACUCCUCUGACAGGUAUGUGCGUAUGUGGCCACGGUAACCCGGAGGUGCACCGGAGAGCAGAGAGAGAGAGAGAGAGAGAGAGAGAGGGAGGGAGAGGGAGGUGUCAGUGAGUAUAAUCUAACUCGCUCUUCCGCUCACGUGCUUGAUAGCGGCAGCACACACACAC